AUGAGGAGAAACGGUGACUGCAAUGCAUCGGAAACGGCUGAGGAAUAUGCAAUUCUGUUGACAUUGAUUAAUGAGUACACGGAUUGGACGCGUCCAGUGGAACAUCCCAUCAAUUUAUUGGACUCUUUGCUCGAUAUAAUGAGCGAUGCAUUAGUGGUCGCACCCGUCAUAGAAACCGGUGAUUUGCAUUCCCGGCCACUCAUGCCUACGAAGCCAUAUCACAGACUGUCGUCAAGUGCCAGGCCUCAGACGAGAGGCAAAACAUUUUUCUACGUCUUCGUACAUCAGAGCGAAGAGGGCUCGAAGUUUCACCAGAGGUUGGGCUGCGCUCACGGCGAAGAGUUGGCCUACAUGUUCGGCGCACCCCUAUCUCAGCACCUAUUGGGCAAAUCUAUGGCACAGUUCGCUCAGAACUACAGCCGCACUGAAACACAGCACAGGGCCGGCACAGAGCACAGGCACUACACUAUACGGCCACAAAAAACAGUGAUUGAGUCUUCCGAUAAUAAUCAGAAUUAUUUGAAUCACAUUCUGCUUAAUCUCAAAGAAGUGUUGUGCGCCAGUGGUGUAGACACAGCACAGGGCCGGUACAGAGCACAGGCACUACACUAUACGGCCACAAAAAACAGGGCUCAAUAUAACCAUCCCUUUCCCACUCGAUGCCUAUCCCCGCGAUUCCCGAGUCGAUUGCAAACACUUAUUCUCAUUCUAUUCUCGUUUGCUUUACUCUGCCCUCAGAUUCUCAUUGAUCCAAACCUAUGGCCCACAGAAUUGGAUACAAAUGGAGACCGAACUAAAGGCAGGUUUGAGAGUGUUUUGUGGCCACAAUACGAGCCCACACAACGCAAGUACCUCAUGCUAGAAAAUUGCCAGAAUAAUUGA